AUUUUAUAUUGAGGUUGUGAAAUAGGCCACGCCAAUUGAUAAGGACUGGUAAUCACGUGGAUUAUUGACCAGAAAGACAAAGAGUAUCUUCCGGUGACCGUAAAAUCUGUGUUCUCGUACGGUAGCCACUGGAAAGAAAGUUGAAAUACCAACUUCGCCUUUUAUGGAAAAUGAAUUCAGUUCAUUGCUUCAGCAGAUUAAUUAAGCUUGCCAAAUUGGUAGCUCUUUAUCGCCCCAAUGUUCAAGGCUAUGAAAAAGGGCUGAUUCCGAAGACAUUAAUGUGUUGGAUUUGGGGUUUACUUAUUCACGGAGUGCUUUGGUUUUUUGCGGUCAAAGUUACAGCUAUUAUUUUUAUUGAAGAUGCAGAAUCCAGAAUAAUUCCUAUUUUAGCUGUUAUUAUCUGUUUCUUUGGUUUUUCCUACAGUUCAUCAUUGUCGUAUUUUGCUCUAACACAGAACUUUUCAAAAUUUUGUGAAGCUUUGAAUUACCACCAGAGUCGAUUUGGAACCAUGGUCAAAAUGCCUUUUAUUCGCAAGGCCAACAAAACUGUGCCAUAUAUAAUUGUCUUGGGUGCCGUGCUAGUUUCCGCCGGGAUCGGUAGUAUUGUCAUAAUUUGGGAAGAAGAAAUGGAACGAUAUGUUUAUCCGCUUACGUUUGACAGUUUAACAUCCACUGCCGUGGUGUUAUUUACAGGAGUAGUGUUUGAAUUUAUUGUCGCUUGUCAUGCAUUUAUUUUAGAAGCUAUCUUCUUAGAGAUUUCGAUUUUAUUUAUCUACGAAUUUAAGAAUCUGAAUAAACAACUUCAAAUCAGUAUUCGAAAAUAUACCAAAACAAACGAUGAAAACACAAAGGCUUUUGAAAACACUAUUGAGAAGUUACGUCAGGAAUACAUCAGUUUAAUUGAUUGUUUCGAAUCGUCAAAUGCACUUGUACGCCAUUUUUUAUUCGGAUACUUUGCAGUGUUCAUUCCUACAUUUUGUUUUAUGCUGUAUGGUUUUACAAGAGGUUCCUUAACAACGGCCGAAUCUGUCUAUCUCCUACUUUUAUCUGGUUCAAUCCUCUUAUGCGUUGCCGUCUUUACAAUCGCGGGGGCAACACUAAGCGUCAAGGCUCAUGAACCUUUGGAUGAACUGAUGAAUAUCAAUCUACUAUCAGUAACUGACAAAACAUCGCAGUCUGUACUUGUAUUCGUGUCUAGAAUAACGGGACCAACAAUAGGCUUUAGAGUGUAUGAAUUAUUCACCUUGGAUACAAAUACGAUACUAACCGUCGGAGGAACUUUAUUGACAUAUGCUGUUGUGAUGAUACAGUUCUCUGAUUCUGCAAAAACGGACGCAUGCCCACGAAAUAUAACACUUACUUAAUUUUUAUAUACCGACAUCAUUGUGGGCGUACUAUGCCAUCACCCUGUCCACGUUCUGCAAAAACCGACACAUGCCAACCAAAUAUAACGUACGGUUUAUUAGAAAACAUCGGUGAACAAAGCUAAUUGAUUAUUGGGUAAAUAAUAAUUAUAAAAAAACUGGUGAGCAAAACUUUAUUAUUCUAUACAAUUAAUGUGUGUACGAUUCAACGAUUAGUUGUGGUGUGGAGAAAUCUUUGUAGAAAAGUUCCCCCGUAACAUGGAGAAAGAAAAGUACCAUACGAUGGCUACAGGAAAACGAGAUACAGUUGGCUACUCGGAUAACGGAUCGGCAUUUGCAAAUCGCGUUUCAGUCCUGUUUGACUUUUAUGAUACAUUUUGCAUGACCACAUUUUUUUACUCCUGUACCCUUUUACUCGGGGAAAUUAGAACAACAAUACUCUUCUGACGGAAAUGUAUCUCUAAUCGUUUGGACUGCACACGAUUGUAGAGGGACUCAAAAAAUCAUUUUAAAACACAGUUUUAAAUAGCUGCCGUGAGAAGAGAGGGCGGGUCAUCUCACUUUGUCGAAAUUAUUGUUGCUGUUGUUGUUUAUUACAAAUUUAACGCCCAAUACAUAAGGCAUGAUAUUAUGGACAUGUUGAUGUAAGUAAGUUAUUUACAUAUGAAUGAAUUAUAUAGAGAUGGUUAAAAACACUAUAAAUAAAUAGUUCUUGUAUAUCUAAAAGUCACAUUCAAACAAAGCUUUUCAAUCGCUGUCGUGCGAAGAGAGAGCGGGUCAUCUUCCCACUUUGUCAUAAUGAAAACAAGUUAAAACAGGAGGGCCAGCUGUUUGAUGCCAUCGCAGCGGAUUGAAAAAUCAAUAUGGGAAAAAGAAUCCGCUGUUAAAUGUGGAAAAGCGAAGUUAUCACAGUAAAACCCAUAUAGAUGG